AUGAUGAUGGUGUUUGUCAGGUGGUACCGCGAGACCGGCGGCGGCGUGCUACGCGAGGUGCGCGACGGCGAGGGCGGCGGGCGCUACAGCCGCGCGGCGGACGCUCUGGGCGUGCGGCGCGCUGAGGCGGCGGACGGCGGCCGCUGGGCGUGCCGCGCCGCCAACGCGCACGGGCACGUCACGCUGCGCCUGCACCUCGCCGUGCGCGCGCAUCUCACGGCGCACGCGCAGCCGCACACGCAGGUGGUGAACAGCGGCGGUACAGCCACCAUCAACUGCACGUGGGGUGGCUGGCCGGCGCCGCGGCUCGAGUGGCUCCACAAUGGCAUUCCGCUCGGAGCCGGCGUCGCUGGUGGCAGGGUGCGCGUCAUCAACAACGGGGAGCAGCUCGUCAUCAGUGCCGUGCAUAGAGCUGAUAAAGGAGUGUACCAGUGCAUGGCCAGGAAUGAGAGGGACUCGGCGCAGGCCAGCGCUGAACUAAGGCUCGGAGACACAGCGCCCGAACUCCAGUACACGUUCAUAGAGCAGGUCCUCAGGCCGGGGCAGGUGGUGACCCUCAAGUGCUCCGCAGUCGGCUCGCCGCCUCCGCACUUCUCCUGGCUGCUAGACGGGCAGCCAUUGAACACCAUCGCCAGGGGUCACAGAUACAGCGUGGAGCAGUUCGCCACCAAGGCCACGGACGUGGUGAGCUACCUGAACAUCUCGGCGGUGCGCUCGGAGGACGGCGGGCUCUACACCUGCCGCGCCGCCAACUCGCUGGGCGAGGCCGCGCACACCUCGCGGCUCAACAUCUACGGGCCACCAUACGUCAGAUCGAUUGGACCCAUACGAGCAGUCGCUGGACGUGAGCUUAUCCUGUAUUGUCCCUACUCUGGCUAUCCCAUCACGUCAGUGAAGUGGGAGCGGGACGGCAGCCCGGUGGAGUGGGACGGCAGCGGCGACGGCGCGCUGCGGCUGGCGCGCGUGGAGCCGUCGCACGCCGGCUCCUACAGCUGCGCCGUCAUGGGAUCCCACGGAGAGAUCGCACGGAGGGACUUGCAGCUCGUUGUUAGCAAUCCCCCCGAAAUCGAGCCGUUCUCGUUCUCGGCCAACCUGCAGGAAGGCAAGCGCGCUCAGGUCAGCUGCAGCGUGACGUCGGGCGACAUGCCGGUCCACUUCACCUGGCUCAAGGACAACGCGCCCAUCCCUUCCGCCCUGCAGGUGGAAGAGCGGGGCGCCGAUUUUUUCAGCAACCUCGUUUUCAAAGAGGUGUCCGCCCGCCACAGCGGCCUCUACACGUGCGUGGCGUCCAACUCGGCCGCCAAAGUUAACUAUACCGCCGAGCUGGUGGUCAAAGUAUCUCCCAAGUGGGUGAUGGAACCGAAGGACGAAGCCGUUUUGGCUGGAGAGCCUCUUGCUCUGCAUUGCCAGACUACGGGCUCACCCACGCCACAAGUCACCUGGAUGAAACAGAGAGGCCCGUCAUCGUCUGACUUCAUCCCGCUCGUGAACCUGGGCGGGCGCUUCCAGUUCGUGGCGAACGGCACACUGUGGAUCGACGCGGCGCUGCCAUACGACGAGGGCCACUACAUGUGCAGGAGUGAGAACGGCGUGGGCACUGCGCUCACCAAGACUAUCACCGUCGCUGUCAAUGAGCCGGCCCGCUUCGAGCUGACGUCGCACAACAUGACGGCGCGGCGCGGCGCGGCCGCCACGCUGGCGUGCGACGUGCGCGGCGACGGCCCCAUCCGCGUCACGUGGGCGCACAACAUGAACCAUCUAGAUCUUAACUCUUAUAGGCUAAGUAUCUCCGAAGCAAAGACUGAUAGUGGUUUAAGGUCCCAGCUGUACAUCAGCCGCGCCGAGCGCCUCGACUCGGGCGUGUACAAGUGCCAGGCCGUCAACGCGUACGGCCACAGCGACCAUUACAUUUACCUUUCCGUCCAAGAGAAGCCAGACACGCCCCACUCGCUGUCAGUGACGGAGAUCCUGUCGCGGGGCGUGCGGCUGUCGUGGAGCCAGGGCUUCGACGGCAACUCCCCGCUGCUGGGCUACUCGCUGCAGCACUGCCCGCUGUCGCCGCAGGGCGCCAUCCGCGCCGCGCAGUGGGACGCCGCCGUCACGCACAACGUGUCCCUCCGCGCCGGCGUGCAGGCGCCCGUCACGCUAACUAAGAAGGGCGACAUCCACUACGAGGCGUUCCUGAGCGGGCUGCGGCCGCACACAGCCUACAUGAUCCGCGUGGCCGCCGUCAACCACAUCGACCGCAGCGCCUACACCGAGCCCGUCGUCGUCAAGACGCAGGAAGAAGCGCCCUCCGAGGCUCCAACAUCGGUGCAGGUGGUAGCAGGUGGAGCGGGCGAGCUACACGUGUCGUGGCGGCCGCCGGCGCGCGACGCCUGGCACGGAGAGUUACUGGGAUACUCCGUGGCCUGCACCGAGGUCGGCCCGGGGGGCAUGCCGCUGCCGAACACCACCAGAACGCUGACAGUGAACGGCUGGUCAGCCACUGAGCUCAGCCUGUCGGCGCUGCGCAAGUUCACGCGCUACGAGGUGCGCGUGCGCGCCUUCAACGGCGUCGCCGCCGGGCCCGCCUCCGCGCCCGUCACCGCCACCACGCUGGAAGGAGUGCCCGAGUCGCACCCGUUGCGAGUCAGCUGCUCGCCAUUAUCGUCGUCAAGCAUCAAGGUGUCGUGGGCGCCGCCGCCCGCCGGCCAGCACGGCGGCCUCAUCCAGGGGUACAAGGUCAUCUACUCGCCGCUCACUAACGACCACGCGGACGUGGGCGAGAUCAAGCGCGUGACGACAACGGACACGUAUCUGCACACGCUGCGAAAAUACACCAACUACUCCAUACAGCUGCUCGCCUACACCGGCGCCGGCGACGGCCGCCGCAGCCCGCCCGUGUACUGCACGACCGAGGAGGACGUGCCAUCAGCUCCAGAGAAAAUCAAGGCUCUGGCGUUCUCCAGUGACACAGUACUGGUGAGCUGGCUGCCACCGCUGUAUCCCAACGGCAUCAUAUCGCACUACACGGUGUACUAUAGAGAGGCGGGACGGUUAGGCAAACACUCUAGCUUCACAGUGUCCGCAGACAAGAAGCCUGAGCUGGAACUGAUGUUCAAGGUGCGCAACCUGCUGGAGAGCCAGCUGUACGAGUUCUGGGUGUCCGCCACCACCGGCUCCGGCGAGGGCGAGUCCACGCUCGUGGUGGGCCAGGGACCCAGCUCCAGGAUUCCAGCGCGCAUCGCGUCGUUCGGGCGCCGCCUAGCCGUGGGAGCAGGGCGCGCGGCGCUCCUAGCGUGCAGUUGCGUGGGCGCACCUCCGCCGCGGUCGCGCUGGGCGCACGCGCGCGCGCCCGUCACGCACCACGCCUACUACCAGGUCACGCACAGCGGGCACCUGCACAUACGAGAAGUGAACGAGCAAUCCUCUGGGAACUUCACGUGCACAGCUUCCAACUCGAUCGGCGAGGACUCCAUCGUGUACUCGGUGGUGCUGGUGCGGCCGCCCGCGCCGCCCGCGCUCUCGCUGCAGUACACCACCGCCUCCAGCGCCAAGCUGCACUGGCAGCGCGCGCCCCUAGCCGCCGACCCUAUACUCGGUACAGUACACACCGCCUCCAGCGCCAAGCUGCACUGGCAGCGCGCGCCCCUAGCCGCCGACCCUAUACUCGGUACACACACCGCCUCCAGCGCCAAGCUGCACUGGCAGCGCGCGCCCCUAGCCGCCGACCCUAUACUCGGUACACACACCGCCUCCAGCGCCAAGCUGCACUGGCAGCGCGCGCCCGACGCCGCCGACCCUAUACUCGGUACACACACCGCCUCCAGCGCCAAGCUGCACUGGCAGCGCGCGCCCCUAGCCGCCGACCCUAUACUCGGCUACCUCCUCCACUACAAGCAAGCGGCAGAGACGGACUGGCACACGGUGGAGCUGUCGCCGGAAGUGACGUCGUACACCUUGGACAUGCUGAAGUGCGGCUCCACCUACAACGCCAAGAUCCAGGCGAAGAACAAGAUUUCCAUCGGGCCGCCCAGCGACGUGCUCACCGCUACCACUAGAGGAGGCAGACCAAAACCCCCGAAACCAGAGGACCACAUCCACAUGAACUCAACAGCGAUCAAGAUCAACUUCUACGCGUGGCGGGACGGCGGCUGUCCCAUCCUCGGCUUCCGGGUGUCCUACAGGAGAGCAGGGACCGAGCAUUGGAUCAAAGUCGGCGACGAGCUAAGUUCGGCGAGCCACGUGAUCGGCGAGCUGAUGCCGGCCACGUGGUACGAGCUGUCGGUGGAGGCCUACAGCGACGCGGGCGCCGAGCGCGUCACGCUCUACGCCGACACCUACACGCUGGCGGGAGGGCGCAUCCCGCCGCUGAAGCCGUCGUCGCCGCUGGCGGGCGCGGCUACGGGCCGGACGCGCGCGGUGGUGCUGGCGUGCGCGGCGGCGGCUCUGGCGCUGUUCGCGCUGCUGGCGCUCGCCACCUGCCUCGUGCACGGACGGGCCAAGUUCAUUUGUGUCGAGAAUGAGCUGUAUGAGAGAGAAAAUAGAAAACUAAGCGAAAGCAACGAAGCAGAGAGGGAGAAACUAAGAGAAGGACAGAAACUUUACUCCUCGUCGUCAAUAAAUGGCAAUGAAAAGUCAAACGACGACUCUUCAGAGCUGUACGAGAUCAGCCCGUACGCGACGUUCGGCGCGUCGGCGGCGCACGCGCUGCAGCUUCGCACGCUGGCGCGCCGCGAGCUCGACGCCGCGCCGCCGCACCGCCGCCGCCACCGCGCCUGCGACCACUACCGCUACGACGAGUCGAGCCUGUCUAAAUGCUCGACAGUGGAGGCGCGCCACCGCCUGCGCGCGCCCGCCGGCGCCUGGCGCGACGCCCACACCGACUCCGACGACAACAGCGACUCCGCCGCCAACACCACCACCAAAGGGUCCGGCGGCUCCCCGUGCGGCAGCACGUACGGCAGCGGGCGGCGCAGCGCGCGCACCACCAGCAGUGGAGGCCCAAACGGGAGCGAUGGGCUUUCAGGAAGCUUUGCCCCCAUUGCCGCAGAUAUAUCGUCAUUAAUCGAUAAAUACCAACAAAGAAAAGAACAAGAACGUCGGGAAUGUACUAUCCACGUUUAACAUUCCAUGGUCCAUUAUAAAGUAAGAAACUUAUAGUCUGCGAUAACUUGAUUUUGAUUUUCAUAACGAUUCUAAGAUUUAUAUACUUACAUACUUAACUACUCAAAUAAAAUGAUGUAUUUCUUACAAUGCUCAAUCAUUGUUUUCAUCGUGUUUAUCGUACAAUUUCAAUGAAUCGAUGGCAUGAUGUUAUUUUUCACGAAACUGAUCG